ACGAUAUUGGGAUUAUCUUUUGCACUUUUUCGCUUCCACACUUGCUUUUCUUCUCUAUAAUAAUCUGGGUAACUAUAGCAUGCGAAAAAACGUUUGAUUAGCUGUGUAUUUAAAGCAAAUGCAUGUAUCUUAGCUGCAAGUUUGAUUAGUUUGUUUUCACAAUGCUUUCAAAGUUGUUUUUCAUUUCUUUACUUUCCUCCUUCAUUUUCCUUACUCAUUCUUGUCUUGACCAUCAAAAAACCUUGUUGCUUCAACUCAAGGAUGAGUUGAGCUUCAAUUCUUCUCUUUCAACAAAAUUGGUGCGAUGGAAUGUAAGGGAUGAGUGCUGCAAGUGGCCCGGUGUGGCAUGUGAUGCUGCUGGCUACGUCGUUAGUUUGCAGCUCCAUAAUGAGUCCAUUUCUGGUGGAAUCGCGGAUUCAUCGAGUCUAUUCAGGCUUGAAUAUCUAGAGAAUCUUAACCUGGCCUACAAUAAAUUCAACUGCACUCCCAUUCCGAAAGGUAUUCACAAUCUCACCUAUUUGACACACUUGAAUUUAUCCAAUGCUGAAUUUGGAGGGCAAGUUCCACUCCAACUUUCCUUCUUGAGGAGAUUGGUUUGUCUCGAUAUCUCGUAUGAGUAUCUACGAACUCUAAGUAUUGAGCUCCCAAAUUUGGAGAUGAUUGUCCAAAAUCUAACAGGGCUCCGAGAGCUCUAUCUUGAUCAUGUCAAUGUUACUUCCUCGCAUGAGAGGAGAAAAUGGAGCCACAUUAUAUCAUCAUAUUUACCCAACCUCACCGCCUUGAGCUUGCAUGGUUGUGGUUUGUCUGGGCCUUUAGCUAAGUCCUUUGGGCAACUCCAUUCCCUCUCCUUCCUUCGACUAGAUUAUAACAAUUUUGGAACAGAACUUCCAGACUUGUUCGCCAAUUUUCCAAGUUUGACCACUUUGUCUCUUUCUAGCUGCGGUUUGAAGGGUUCGAUUCCAUCCACCUUUGCUAACCUAACCAACCUGAUUCGUCUCGAUUUGUCAUAUAAUUCAUUCUCUGGCAACAUUCCCCACUCUCUCUUUGCUCUCCCUUCAUUGUUGGAACUUCAUCUUAGCUACAAUCAAUUUAGUGGCACUUUCCAACUGGACAACUUUCGAAAUCUUGCCAAUCUAACCCGACUUGAUCUAUCUCACAAUAGAUUGUCAGUAGAUGUUGGCAACCUCAAUUCAACUUCAUAUGGAAGUCUCCAACUAAAAGAGUUAAGACUAGCUUCAUGCAAUUUGUCCCAUUUUCCUAAUUUCAUAAAAAAUUUGGGUAUGGAAGAAGUGGAUCUCUCGGUGAAUCGGAUUGAGGGGGAGAUACCUAGUUGGAUUUGGGGAACACAACUUCAGUAUUUGGACCUCUCUUAUAAUCUUCUAACAGAUCUGCAAAAGCCUUACCAUAUCCCUACUUCUCUUCGAUACAUAGCCUUGGACUCCAAUCUACUUCUUUUGUGA